AUGCGCAUGUGUUUCAGAGCCUUUAAGAUUUUCCCGUUCAUUCAGCGUUUAACUGAAAGAAAAGAAGAGCUAAUAACGGCCACACGAAGUGUCAUAUCAGAUUUUGCUGCUGAUAACGUUGUUUAUUUGGAGCUCAGGACGACACCGAAGUUUUCAAAAUGGAUGUCCAGGCGGGAGUAUGUGAAGGUUGUUGUUGAUACGAUAGAAGCAAUGAAGCAUGAACUUCCAAACAUAGUCGUGCGCCUAAUCCUCAGCGUUGACAGACGACAAACGGUUGAAGAUGCUCAGGAGACGAUAAAUUUGGCUAAAGAAUAUUGUACGAUAUGUUUUUCAGUUUCCGUGGCUUCACCAGUCAUAGUAGGGGUUGAAUUAAGUGGAGAUCCGACAUUUGACGGCAGAAAAUUUUUACCGUUAUUUGAGGAAGCGGCCAAGUUCGGUUUACCAUUUACGUUGCACCUCGCUGAAGUUCCUGGUUGCCUCGAAGAAAUUGAAGAGUUUUUAUUGGUUAAACCGAACAGAAUUGGUCAUGGAACUUUUAUCAGUCGCAAUCCCGAUAAAGUCAAAGGGGAAAAUUGCACGAAAUUGGUGCUAAGGGAAAGGAUUCCGAUAGAAAUCUGCUUGACUUCUAAUGUCUUAUGUGGUACGACCGAAUCGUAUGCUUCUAGUCACUUUUAUCAUUAUUUUUCAAAGAAGCAUCCAGUAGCACUGUGUACUGAUGACCGAGGGAUUAUGAGUUGCUGUCUGAGUACAGAAUUUCUCAUUGCCGCAAAAACUUUCCAACUUUCUCGUCAGGACUUACUAAACAUCGCAAUGGAUUCUUUCAGUGCUGGUUUUAUUCACAAAACAUUAGGGAGCGGUGAAGAUAUCUGGAAAGUUAUGCAGAACUUUAAAAAGUUUGCGUGUGUUGAGAAUUUAAAAUUAUGCACCUUGGGAACUUUAGAGUAA